AUGACAAUCAUCGCGAUUAGCAUCAGUCAUCAAUUAUUAACAAUACACUUUCCUCCCUUAAUCUACUAUAGCAAACGGCAAAAAAAUAAAAAAAUUAAACAAAGGAUUUUUUUUGGCAUGACUAGGAGAACCGAUUGUACAAUUAAUACUAAUCACGUAGACUCGGUAUUACCUAAUAAUUAUGAAAGUAGUCGUAACAUUUUGACAGGUGGUGAUUACAACCGAUGGAACUACACGAAUGGAUACGUUAAUUCGCCGGCUUGGCACGUGCCAUUCCGGGUCAACUCGGUGCGUAAUGUAUUGGCUCAUGCAACGCCACGCACACUCACUAAUCGAUUUAAAAUAAUCACCACCUGUCGACAGCAACAAUGGGAUAAAUUCCCUUUUUCAGAACACACCUGUAACAGAGAGAAAGAGAGAAAGAGCGAGAGAGAAAGAUUUAUUGUAUCAAUUGACGCUGAAAUAGCUGAAAAGAAAAAAUUUCAAAGUUAUCAUCAAUAUUUACUACUGAAGAAAUUAUCAAAUUAUUGA